GAAGUUAGUGUGAGAAGAAAUGGAAGAAAAUAAAUCAUAAUUUGACGCAAAAUUUCCAUCAAAAACCCCUUUCUACUAAAACCCCAAACCCUAGACUUGGAUUUCUUCUUUUCUCGCCCGUCUCCCCAUUGGAAUCAUCUUCUUCUUCGUUCGUCCUCUCCAUCCCUUCUUAUUCCCUCCCACGACCUACCGCCACUCCUGACGCCCCACCGGAAUCAUCUUCUUCGUAUCUCUGUGCUUUGUAGUUGUCUCGCACCAACCAUGGCACUUCAUUCACUUCGUCUCCGCCGCACUUUGUCUGUUCUUUCUGCUUUCAACCGCUAUACGGCAGUAUCUGGUCAGACUAGUCAUUCUAUUUUCUGUCCUUCGACUCCUUCACUAUCUAAGUCUCCGGCUAUGAUCCCACCAUAUUGGCCAGUGAGAUCGUCGUCAGUGGCUUCCUAUUCCCGGUCAUCAUUUGGGAGUAAUAACGAAGAUGACAAGAUAGGGCCCGAUACAAUACUAUUCGAGGGCUGUGAUUAUAACCACUGGCUCAUUACCAUGGAAUUUCCGAAGGACCCAAAACCCACUCCUGAAGAGAUGGUUCGGACCUACGAAGAAACCUGUGCCAAAGGCCUAAAUAUUAGUGUGGAAGAAGCAAAACAGAAGAUUUAUGCUUGUAGUACAACUACGUAUCAGGGGUUUCAAGCUCUGAUGACUGAAGAAGAAUCAGAGAAGUUUCGAGGUCUACCUGGUGUUGUGUUUAUAUUGCCUGAUUCUUACAUUGAUCCUGUAAACAAGGAGUAUGGAGGAGACAAAUAUAUCAAUGGAACAAUUAUACCAAGACCACCACCCAUUCAAUAUGGUGGAAGGCAGGUGAGGAGACAACCGAACAGAAAUCCUGAUCAACCAAGAUAUGACCGGGAACCUAGAUCAGCACCAAAUUGGCAAGGUAAUCCAUCUUUCAAUCAACGGGGUUCUAUGCAAGGAGAUGGACACCAUUCUGGAGCUUCACAGAACUAUCCGCCACAAGGUCCACCCCAAAAUUACGCCUCCCAAGGGCCUAGAGAAAGCAGAAAUCCUUCACCCAUGAACAAUUAUUCUCCUGAAGGAAGAGAUUUCUAUCAAGGAGGAAGAGGUCCAAUGCCUUCUCCUCAAGAAAACUACAAUCGAAGGGAGCAGGGAAGUUAUAACCAUAAUGCGCAAGGAAAUUAUCAGGAAAGAAAUUAUGUGCCUCCACCAGGCCCGGGUAAUUUUGGUACUGAGUUUAAUCCUGCACAGGGUGGACCGUAUGGGCAAGGUGGAUCUCGUGGUCAUGGAACAGGAACACCUUAUGGUCAAGGACAGAGCCAUGGGUCUUAUCGAAGCCCUGCUGAAGGUCAAAGAUCUUCACAAGAUGACCAAAGAAACAUGCAAGGGGAGCAACGAAACCACAAUUCUGGCGGACAAACAUGGAACAAUCAAGGGAGAUUCUGAAGCAGUCAGAAUAUUUAAGGUGAAAGAGAUCUUUGCAUAAGCUUUGGGCUAUUCCAUUUUGUCUCCUGUUUUUUGAAGGUAAAACAAUUGGGGAAAGCUUUUCGAGUUUGUUCAUGUAAGGAUUGGAUUAUGCACGUCUUGUGUUGGGUCAUUUUCCUUGCUGUAGGAGCUUGAACUGCAUUUGAAUUUGAGAUAUAAUCAACAUGAGUAGUUUCUUCUGAUCUCUCAAUAGGCUGUCUACUAGAAACACUUAUUUCUGCCGUAGCAAUGAUAAAUUUUGAUUUAUGGGA